AUGGUCUCCUGUGACGAAAAUUUACAUCAUCUAACCAAUAAAAUUCAUAGAAGUGAUGUUACCAAAUUGUCAAUUAAUGACUCUCACAAUUGGGGUAUUUUUGAUUCAGAAGAUGAAAACGCUCUUGGGGUUCUACCUAGCUUUGGUAUCUGGAUACCAUCAGAACGUUUAUGCAAUUCAUUAUCAAUAUUUGCUGCUUAG